AUGAAACUUCAAUAUGAAUCAGUAUCCUCGUUGAAAUCAUAUAUUGAAGAAAAUGAAAAACAGAAUGAAUUAAAGAGUGGUAAAAGAGCUGUCAGUGGCAGUCAAAAUAUUACAGAAAAUGGGGUUGAUAAACUUUCAUUUAAUUCCAUUAUUAAUGAAAGUAUCAAUUCAAGAAUAAAUUCCACAAAUGUCGAAGGCAAUAAAUAUCCUUCCAAAUACUUCAAAGAAGUGUUACUUUCAAGACUAGCAGCUAUUAAAAUAUUCGAUCAUGCUUGUCAUGGUGGCAGCAUAGAGAUAAUGGGGAUGCUGGUAGGAACUAUUCUUUACAACCAAAUUGUAAUUUAUGAUACUUACGAGCUACCAGUAGAAGGGACAGAAACUAGAGUAAAUGCACAAAUGGAAUCAUACGAAUAUAUGGUACAGUAUAUGAAUGAAACAUUUGAUGAAACUGCAGUAAAAAAUGAUAUACAGCAUAUUGUGGGUUGGUAUCAUUCACAUCCAGGUUAUGAUUGUUGGCUAAGCAAUAUAGAUAUUCAAACUCAGAAACUUAAUCAAGAUUUCCAAGACCCUUAUGUGGCUAUUGUAAUAGAUCAUUGUAAAAGUAUUCAAGAUAAACAGCUUGCGAUUGGAGCUUUUAGAACUAUAACUGCAGAAAAUAACCAGGAACAAACUACAGAAUAUUAUCAAUUGCCUAUCUCGAUUUUUCAGUCAGACCUCGAUGCCAACAUACAUUCCAAGAAGUUAUAUUUGGAGCAUCCUAAAAUAGAUGAAAAUACAGACGCCAUUCUGUUAUCGAGGUUAAUGGAUACUCUUAAACAAAGUUCCACAUUUAACGAAAUGACUCAAAAGAAUAAUAACAAACGUAUAGAAUUAAAAGAUAUCAAUAGAUCAGAUGUAGUGGAGAAAAAACCGAGAUAUGAAGUACAGCUUGGUAGUUUAUUCAACCCUCAAAGCACAAGUUCUGUUGGAAGCAUCGCAUCUACAAAGAAUGACAGUGACAUCGACAUGACCAAUCAAGUUUUAGAUGAUGAUGAUAGCAUAACAAGUAGUUUACAGCCAAUUAAUGACUUAUUACCUGCUCACAACAGUAUGUAUUCAUCUUCAAAUAUUAAUGUAGCCGAUAACAGUUCUUCAUUAAUGACUUCCUUAAGAGAUAUUUUGUCUAGACAUGAAGAAAAUCAGGAGUCACGACAAACACCUCCAGUUAUUGAUGAACCUGAAUUACUUCAGAAUAAUGCUAUUGAAAAAUUUUAUGAAUAUAAUAAGAACAGGGUAUUGAAUUACAAAUUAAUAAAAUAUAAGAAUUUAAGAUUUUAUAAGGAUACAUUCAGUCUAUAG